GUAGGCAAUUUAGUUAUAUUAUAUUCUCUACUAAUGAUACUUAUUACACGUUUUCUUCGAUCUGUCAGCAUCUGGCUUAAAUAAAUGUAAAUUUAGCGAUCAAAUAUGCCUUGCAAAGGGCCUACAGAAAAUACUUCAACAAUUUGGUAAAACAGGAAUACCCGAAUGGAAUAUACCACCAUUGAAUAUUUUGCAAUUACCCGACACCAAAUUUGUGGAUGACGAUCCGCAUAAACCAUUGUCGUAUCAGGUUAAAAUUACUAAUGUCACUGCCUACGGAUUCGAGAAUUCAACAAUAACGAAAGUUAGAAGUGAUUUGAAGCAAAAGAAGAUCGAAAUAUAUGCAAAUAUUCCAAAUUUAGUGGGCAAAAUGAAAAGUAGUGUGAAAGCCCGAAUAUUUUUUGGAUUUUUUAAUGCUUCCGGCCGAACAAUAUCGGAACUUCAAAAUGUGCGUUUGAUUUGGAAAGUUUUCCUAGAUUUUGGUAAUCAAGGAUAUGUAAAGGUUUACAAAUUGUUUCUCUAUACAAAAAUUGAUAGAGCCGUUUUUGAUGUCACCGAUGUGAAUUAUGUCAACACCGAUUUAGCUAUUGUUGUCAGCCAAUGGAUGAACGAUAAUUGGCAUGAAUUUUGGUCGGAGUUUGAACCCACAAUUAUAGAUGGGUUUAGUGAAUAUUUUAUUGAAUUUGCCAAUGAUAAAUUGAAUGCCCUACGCGUACGUUAUGAUGAUUUAUUUUUGCCCGAAGACUAUGGAGACCCUAGACUCUAGAAUGUAAAGUUUUAAAAUGUUCAUUCAAUAAAAUACAUAUUGAUAAUUAAGUUGAAAUUGAGAUAGUAAUACCAAUCUCAAUAGAAAUUUUACCUUAAAAAUUGUUUAUAAUAAACCGCUUACCUAUGAGACUUGA